AUGACAAUAGUUCCCUCUGGCACGACAUCUGCCGCAGGGAAGGCAGAAGCCCAAAGCCCCGGCGAAACCUCCCUUCCCCAUCUCCUUUCUACCCUGACACCGAGCCUCCAUCCUUCGACGUUUGUCUUUCUCUCCGUGCCACAAUCACAAUUCAUCUCACCCCUUCCCAUCCCGUUGUCCGAGUUGACAUUAUUCUUCCACGAGGCCGAAGGUAUCACGCUCAUUUUACCGCUAUCAUCGCUGCAAAAAUAUGCCCCAGACCUGAAAUACAGUUAUCCAUCGCGUAUGAUCACGUGCAAUGUGCACUCAUCUCUGGAGGCGGUCGGUUUCAUGGCGGUUCUGAGCGGGAAGUUGGCGGAAAGUGGGAUCAGCGCGAAUGUAGUUAGUGCGUUUUAUCAUGAUCAUAUCUUUGUGCCAGAAGGGAAGGAGGAGGAGGCGGUCAAAGUGCUUGAGGAGGUGAGGAAGGACACGGAAGCUGAACUCAAGAGAAAGGGGGAAGGAAAAAAGCGAGUUGAUGAGAUAUGA